UUUAACAGUCUUUUUGAGUGUGCCAUGUGGGAGAUCCUACAAGAGGUGUCUAGCACCCCACAUCUAUGGAUCCUUCUGGGAUUAGUAGUUUUCCUUGGUAUUAAGUGGUUUGACAACAAAAGUCUGAUAGAGUCUUUAAGAGACGAAUCCAGGAUUCUUAAGGCAGAGGUUGAACAUCUAAAAACUAUUGGAGAUGAAUCCAGGAUUCUUAAGGCAGAGGUUGAACAUCUACAAACGAUUAAGCAUGACAAUGAUCUUCUCAUGAAUCAGUUUAAAGUUCUACAGGAAGAGAACAGAACUUUGUUUAACAAGACAAUGGUGACUGAAAAAAACUUAGAAAAGGUUCAGGCUGAUAUUAAGGAGAAAUUUAUUAUUAUGGAAGAAGGAACAGCUGAUUUAAAUCGUAAAUUUCAUCAGUCACUUUCUGAAGGGACUGAAACAUUAUCUCAGAGAAUUAAAUCGGUUGAAUGGGAAAAUCAACUUUUGUCUAAAGCUUAUGACAGAGUGGUGGAAAGAUUGUCAAUACAAGAAGGCACGGUUUAUGCCAUAAAAAUCAUGUCCAAAGAUGAGAACUUAUCUCUAACGGACAAACUUCAUACUUUAGAAUCCUCAAUGAGGGCUUUGGAACAUAAUUCUGGACAGGAGAUACAGACAUUGCAGAAGGCAAUGGUGAAUAGAAUUGAAAAGAUUGAGGAAUUUCUAAAUUCUGAUUCUGAUGAGGAAGAACAAACGGUAGAAAGGAAAGUUUUAACUACAUCUGUGGGUAAAUCCCUCCGGGACAAUUUCCACAAAUCUCUAUCUACACCUCUACCUGCCUUUCCAGUAAUAACGACAGAGAAGGUGAUUGGUUCCAAAAACCCUAGGAUCCUUAAGGAAGAUACAUGGGAGCCUGUCCGUAUAAAUGAUCUCAAAGAAAUUAAACAGGCUGUCACGGCUUUCGGGAUGCACUCCUCUUUUGUUAAAGAGAUGCUAAAAUCUUGGGCCAUAAUGAGCAGACCAACGCCUUUAGACUGGACCCAGAUGACCUCUGCAGUCCUUGAGAGUGGGACGCAUUUAAGAUGGAAAUGCUUAUUCAGGCAAGAGGCUAGACUUUUAGAACAGCAAGAAAAGGCGAAGGGAAGUGACAUCUCCCUAGAUAAAAUUCUAGGUGAAGGACUCUUUUCCGAUCCUCAGGAACAAGCUAAUUUGGAUGAAAGCAUACUCUCCAUAUGCACUACAGCAGCCUUAAGGGCUUGGGACAGGGUACAAGACCCAGGACAGAGAAUGGAAUCAUUUGUUACGAUUAAACAAGGUCAGAGAGAACCCUUUAGUGAUUUUUUACAAAGACUUACUAAGGCUGUACAAAUAGGGAUACCUGACCCUGACACAAGACGUAUAAUGAUUGAGUCUUUGGCUUAUGAAAAUGCAAAUGUGGAAUGCAAAAAGAUUUUGGGGCCUUUAAGGUUCAGAUCAGCACCCUUGGAAGAAUGGGUCUUGCAUACACUGGAUGUUGAUACAUUUGAUUAUGGCACUGAAGCAUGGGUAGAGGAAGCAAUUUCCAAUGGUAAAAGGAGACAUCAGAAUACCAAAUGUUUUAAUUGUGGCAAAAUGGGUCAUAUGAGAAGGAAUUGUAAACAACGGACCUUCAGAAACAAUAAUAAUGCGUCUUCUAGAAAUAACAGAAAUAGAAGGACUCAGCCUUCAGGUUUAUGUAGAAGAUGUGGAAAGGGUAGACAUUGGACGAAUGAGUGUAGAUCUACAAGAGAUAGACAAGGAAACCUGAUACAGACGGGAAACGUGAGAGGGGGGGCCUCACAGGCCCCCAUGGCAAACAUGGUCCAGUCAUUUCCAGUUUCUGCAGAGAACGUGCCUCGUCAGGACAAUUAGGAAACCUCAUGCCUACUGUUACAAACGAUAAUGAGCAGAAAGAUGAGUUACGUGUGUUUUGGCAAACUUCUAUAA